AUGUCUAUUUUAGAGACAUGUAGAAAACAAAUUGACAAAGACAUCGAACGACUUGACCGUGCAUAUCCUGCAUGCGUGAAAAACAGUCCACCGAAAGCACCCUUACAUCCAUGGGAGGAGCCAGAUAACAAUUGGCAACGCAUUCACGUCGAUUAUGCAGGACCGUUCCAAGGGUAUUAUUUCCUAGUAAUUAUGGACGCGAAAUCAAAAUGGGCCGAGAUCGAACCGUGUGUGGCAGCGCCCACUUUGCUAUCAACAAUUAAAAUAUUAAAGAACGUGUUUUCUCGGCACGGCUUUCCGGACGUAAUAGUUUCGGACAACGCCAUAAUUUUCACCAGCGAAGAAUUUCAACAAUUCUGCAAAAAAACCGGAAUUUUUCCCAAAUUUAUCGCUCUAGGACAUCCAGCUACAAACGGGUUGGCAGAAAGAAACAUUCAGACACUCAAGAAGAAGCUUGCAGUCAUGAUCGACGAACCCCUAUGA